GCGUGAAUUUACUAGUCAGCGUGAACUCUUAAACCCCGCCUUGGGAGCCUGACGAAGCCUCACGCUAUUGGACAGCACACGCACGUUGUCGGAAACGCUUCCUGCAACUGUUCAAGGCAGGAGAGGGAAGGAUAUUAGGAAGCUAUAAAUGUGGAAUAGAAUACUGAGUCCACGUGUGAUCGGCAGAGCAAGGUUCCACUGGCGACAGAUCCACACUAUGCAGCUAAAGACCAGCGAGUUUCAGUGUCUGCUCACCGACGGGCUGAAAGGACUAGCAGAGCUGUUUGAAAAGAACCAAUACGAACUGCGGAUAGCUGGUGGUGCUGUCCGUGACCUCCUGUCCGGUAAGCGGCCUGAAGAUGUCGACUUUGCCACCACAGCCACUCCAGAAGAGAUGAAGCUCAUGUUCCAAAACGCAGGCAUCAGGAUGAUCAAUAACAAAGGAGAGAAGCACGGGACAAUCACAGCGAGGCUACACAAUGAGAACUUUGAGGUGACCACAUUGAGGGUGGAUGUUGAGACAGAUGGACGUCAUGCUGAUGUAAAGUUCACCACUGACUGGCAGAAGGAUGCUGAGAGGAGAGACCUCACUAUUAACUCCAUGUUUUUAGGUCUUGAUGGCACAUUAUAUGACUAUUUCAAAGGAUAUGACGAUCUGCAGAACCGCAAAGUUCGGUUUGUUGGCAGUGCUGAACAAAGAAUCCAAGAGGACUACCUGAGAAUAUUGCGAUAUUUCAGGUUUUAUGGCAGAGUGGCUGUGGAGCCUGAUGACCACGAUCCUGAGACACUGGCUGCCAUCAGGGAAAACGGUCAUGGACUCGCAUCAAUAUCAGGGGAGCGGAUUUGGGUGGAAUUAAAGAAGAUGGUGAUUGGUAAUCAUGCUGCUCAUCUGUUGGAGCUGAUGUAUACUCUGGAACUGGCCCAGUACAUAGGUUUACCACCAGAUGGCAUGGUUGAGGAGAUGAAGCGAGUGUGGCAGAAUGCUAAAGACCACUCUCCCAAGCCCAUGACAAUCCUGGCUGCUCUGUUCCACAGUUCAGAAGAGGUGGAAAAGAUGGACCUUCGCCUGAAGGUGUCCAAGGAGGAAAAGAGCCUGGCUCUUUUUUUGGUUAAAUACAGACAGGAGCUCCGUAAGAGUGAGGACGAGCCAAACAGCCUCAAAACCUUCACUGACUUUAUCAUUGACAGUCGUGAACUGGACACUCAGAGUAAACUGUGUGAGCUGCUGAAGUAUCAAGGUGAGCAGAAGCUACUGGCACAGCUCCUGAAAUGGUCCAUCCCUCGAUUCCCAGUCAGUGGCCACGAUCUGAGGAGGCUGGGCAUCACAUCAGGCAAAGAGAUAGGUGCCACCUUACAGAAGCUGCGCGACAUCUGGAAGAAAAGCCAUUAUCAGAUGGACAAAGAUGAACUCCUCAGCUGUGUGAAAGCCUAAAGGACCACAAAAUAACGGCUGCGUCUCAGGCGGCAAUGCUUGAGCUCAACGGUUUUGAUUGAGCGAGUGAAUAUUGUAGAGAAGGGUCACUGUGGGAGUUCAGGCAUGCAUUACAAGGGAUGAAUGCAGUUUCUUUCUAAAUUACCCCGGGGACAGUUUUGUUCUGUGAAUCUGAGGAGAUCACACAUGAUAUGCUCUCGCUACCAACAGCUGCCACCUCAUGGCAGUAUGUGUGCAGUAGCAACUAGUUUCAGCAGAUGUUGAUUUCAGAGACCUGCUACAUAUUCCAGUUGUUCAGACACACAAAUAAUACUUAAUAAGAUUAAGUUGCAGUGCAUGGGAAAAUAUAUUGAAGUACUACAUUCACUAUUUAUUUUUGUUAGUUACUAAAGAUGAUUGCGUAUUCAUUAUUUUUCCUUCAGAUUAGGUUAUUUAUAAUUUAGUAAACAGGUGCAUUUAAAAAGCUGAUUUUAGUUUGUAGUGUGUUCCCACUGCAGAACCCAUACAACAACUUGGUAAUGUCAACACAUAUACAAUAAGUGUUGUGCAUUUUUUUGCCUACCAUUUAUUUACUUGUAUUUGUAAAAUAAAAGAUGGUCUUGACAACCUGAA